AGUGACUAAAGCGUAGGAUGCAGGAACAAGAUCGAGCAGGAGCAACAAACAGCCUCUACUUCUUUGUUCUUUAUAUGUUUUUAAUAGUAAAAAGAAGCAAACAAAAGACACCAAAAGACGUGCAAAAGCAGUUGGGAGUUCAAAUCGCCUAAAUCGGAUUCACUGAGCGCAGGGUUUUGGUCUUCAGCGAUGGACUCAACUCGCUCGCCCGGCAUCUCCACAGCCGUCGCUCGUCUCGACAUAAACACCCAUUCACACAGCACAGCAUCGCUGAUCCCGCCAUGAUCGGAGGAUUUACAAAACGUCUCGGACGUGAGCUCAAUGAUCUGAAAAAUAACCCUGCAGUCGGCAUCUCUGUGUUCCAAGCCAAUGACUUCCGGAUAUGGCUUAUCGAUAUCAAGGUCAUGGACGAUAAUCCGAUCUAUGCAGGCAAGACCUUUCGGCUGCAGUUCAGAUUUGCGUCGUCGUAUCCUAUAGAAGCACCAGAAGUGCAGUUCGUGGCAUCCUAUGGAAUCGAGAUACCAGUCCACCCACAUAUUUACAGCAACGGCCAUAUCUGUCUAGAUGUCCUAGGCUCGGGAUGGUCCCCAGUACAGACCGUCGCUUCGGUUGCAAUGUCUAUCCAGUCUAUGCUUGCCGGUAACGACAGAAACGAACGACCCCCAGAUGACGCUAGAUACGUCGCUCAUGCGCCGAUAAGUCCGAAGAACACUAGAUUUGUAUAUCACGACGAUACAGUAUAAGCACUACAAGUCUGAUCAGUGCAUUCAACUGCCACCACUGCUGCUGCCACCUGAGCGCAUGCAACAAAUUUCUCCACAUGUAUAGUACAGAAUCGUUAUCGGCAUUGGUUUAAGGCGCAAGAGAGUUUUCGGGUCUGCAGAUUUACCUAUACUUCAACACACCAGACCUUGGAGCCCUUCCGCAGUGGUAGUCUUACUACAAUAUACGAUUUAUGCUUUUAGUCAAAGAAG